CUUAGCCAUGCGGCCAGCUCUGCCACUGUAGCAAGCGCUUGAAAAAGCAGCAGCUUGGUGGUCGCCGUCAGCUGUCUGUGCAUGUAUCCACCUGUCUGCCUGGUUGCUCGCUGUUCUUUGUAAACCUGUCGGUCUGUCCAUCGGUAAUUCCAUCUCUGUCCAACUGUCUAUCUGGCUGUCCUUCUCUUAUUAUCCUCUCUCCAGCUGUCUGUCAAUCUGUCUGCCUCUGGACCUCAUCUAUUUGUCCAUCUAUCCAAUCAUCUGUGAGUCUAUCUGUGAAUCAUCUUGUCCAUUCAUCCACACAGUUGUCUGUGCAUCUGUCUGUCCACUGGCUUGUCUACCUACCUGCCUCCCCUCUCCCCGGAGCUGUAGAGCCAUGGCACAGGGCCGUGGGGCCACAGUCAGUAUGGUGCUCCUGGGGCUGGGGUUGGCCCUGGCCAUCAUCGUGCCCGCUGUGGUCCUCUCUCGACACCAUGCCCCCUGCGGUCCCAAGGCCUUUGCCCAUGCUGCAGUUGCUGCCGACUCCAAGGUCUGCUCGGACAUUGGACGAGCCAUCCUCCAGCAGCAGGGCUCUCCCGUGGAUGCCGCCAUUGCAGCUCUGGUCUGCACCAACGUCGUCAACCCCCAGAGCAUGGGCUUGGGCGGAGGCGUCAUCUUCACCAUCUACAAUGCAACCACGGAGAAGGUGGAAGUCAUCAACGCCAGGGAGACGGUGCCCACCAGACAUGUCCAGGGUCUGCUGGAUCAGUGUGAGCAGGCCCGGCCGCUGGGCAGAGGGGCCCAGUGGAUAGGGGUGCCCGGGGAGCUCCGUGGCUACGCUGAGGCCCACCGCCGCCACGGUCGCCUGCCCUGGGCACAGCUGUUCCAGCCCACCAUUGAGCUGCUCCGAGGGGGCUACCGCAUGCCCGCUGUCCUCAGUCUGUUCCUGAACAGCAGCUUCCUGAGGCCUCUCUUGCAUGCAUCCUCCCUGAGGCAGCUCUUCUUCAAUGGGAAUGAACCCUUGAAGCAGCAGGACCCAUUUUCCUGGCCUGCGUUGGCCGCCACCCUGGAGACCGUGGCCACAGAAGGUGCAGAGGCCUUCUAUACAGGGAGGCUGGGCCAGACACUGCUGGAGGACAUUGCCAAGGAAGGCAGCCAGCUGACUCUGCAGGACCUGGCAUCAUUCCAGCCAGAGGUGGUGGACGCUCUGGAGAUGCCCCUGGGAGACUACACUCUGUACUCACCUCCACCGCCUGCAGGGGGUGCAAUUCUCAGCUUCAUCCUCAAUGUGCUCAAAGGGUUCAACGUCUCUGCUGAGUCGGUGGUCAGGACCGAGGGAAGGGUGAACUUGUACCAUCACUUUGUGGAAACGCUCAAGUUUGCCGGAGGGCUGAGGUGGAGGCUGUGGGACCCUCGAAGCCACCCUGAGGUCCAGAACACCUCCCAGGACCUGCUUGGAGAGGCUCUGGCACAGCACAUCCGCCAGCAGAUCGACGCCCGGGGUGACCACCAACUCAGCCACUAUAACCUGACCGGGGCCUGGGGCCACAGGAUGGGCACGGCCCACGUGUCUGUGCUGGGGGAGGAUGGCAGUGCCGUGGCUGCCACCAGCACCAUCAACACUCCCUUUGGAGCGAUGGUCUACUCACCGCGCACGGGCAUCCUACUCAACAACGAACUCCUAGACCUAUGCUGGAGGCAACCGCCAGGCUCCCAUGUCAUCCCCCCACCAGUUCCAGGUGAGCGGCCCCCAUCAUCCAUGGUUCCUUCUAUCUUGGUCAACGCAGCCCAGGGGUCAAAGUUGGUGAUUGGCGGGGCUGGUGGAGACCUCAUCAUCUCUGCUGUGGCCCAAGUGAGUCUGGGGACUCCGGGUUGGGAUGUCCCCUCUCUGAGCAGCCCUGUUGUUCUGCUUUCCUGGGAGCAGAGAAGGGCUGGUGUGGAGUGGCUGGUACACGCGCCCUCCCUCUUCCCUUUCUCCUUCCUUCCCUCCCUUUAUCCUAUGUCUCUCCCCCAGGCCAUCGUGAACAAGCUGUGGCUUGGCUUUGACUUGCAAGCAGCCAUUGCUGCCCCCAUCUUGCAUGUGAACGACAAGGGUCAGGUGGAGUACGAGUCCAAUUUCAACGAGGUGAGGCCGUGGUCCGAGCCACCUGUAGGCUGGACACCUCAGUGCAUGCUGGUCAAAUCCUCCGGGGUGGAUCUCAGCUACUGAAUGUCUUAGGCCCAGCACACUUCAGCUUUGGGAGCCAUCAGGAGUUGAGAAGCUCAGUGGGAGAAGCACCAGUCCAGUCUUGUGGCCUCCAAGGCAGAGAACAGGGUGUUGUCCAUACUUCUCCCAGGCUGAGCACCUCAGCACCUUGGUCCCUGCUAUGUCUGUGCUCUUCUCUCUACAAGUUAGUUUUCCUGGCUGUGGCCUCUCAGGCUCUCCUCAUUAGAAUCUGUUUCCUCAUGUGAUCUGCAGCUUUUAUAUGCAAGUUUAUUUGUAAAAGAGUUUGUUAUUUCCAUGAGAGUUUGCAAAGGGAUUGAGGAAUUGGGGUUUCACUGGUGCUAGUUCUUAUAAACAUUUCUCAGUUGCCUCACACAAGCAGGUAGAGGAGCUGAAUUCCGUCCCCCACUCACACCCCCGCCUCUGAUGGUCAGCUUUCUCAGAGCUUCCCUGGGCUGAUGCCUUUUGCUAAGACCUAAUUCAAAAGACUGACAGCUUUUAAAGGCUCCUAGCUUCAUAUCUGGGUCCAGUUCAUCCAGCUGGGUUCAAGGUCCUCAAAGCUGUCUUUCCUGUUAUGAUCCUCCCAUGGCCCUUAAAACUCUAAUGACAACUGAGUACAAGGCUUUGACUCCAAAGGAGGUGUGCCAUCCCUGAGAACCUUGGUCUGUGGGCCUGGAGACUGAGGACCUCAAACUCUGGGAGCCCGAGGCCUUUCCUCUCUCUGUAAGGUCCACCCCAUGGCAGUAUGUCGAGUACUUCCCCAGGGCUCAUCCUCUUAGGCCUGUCUCCUUGACCGUGACUGAAGGUCUUUACUCAAAGGACCUUGGACUUUAUGGAUUCAGAGAUGACAGCCUGGAACCCAGCGACCCAAGAUCCUCAGCUCUCUCAGAGUUAGAGUGUUAGCCAUGCAGGUCUAGGCUGUUCUGUGGAGAAAUUCCUAGAUGCUGGGUAGAAACUGUGAGUCUCCAAGGUUCUUCACACAAAAGCCCAGGGACUGAGGCCAAGCAGGUCUUUGUUCCUCAGGACCUUGGAGUUUGGCUAGUUGACCAUAAGGGACAGAGUCUCUGAGAACUGCAGGCCCUCUGUGUCCUUAGCAGUGAGGAUUUUGGCCUUCAAAUCUAAGGACAUUGGGAAAUACGUGUGUCAGGCAGAGAAAGUGUGGAGCCCUCUGGAGACCUCACCCUGUGAGCGGCUCAGGUCAUAUGGCCUCACCAGGUGAUCUCAGGUCAGAGGCCCUGGUCUUGGGGACUAUAAUAUACUGGGGUCUUUGUACCUAGAAGUCUGGAAUCUAAGGCCCUGGUCAGCUAAGGUCCUUGGAUUCUUGGUCCAAAAUGAUAACUGUAAAUGUGGGGCCCAAGUAGCACAGGUCCCUACAUUUCAAGAUAUGUGCCCCCUUACAGACCAGCAAAUGUGUUGGCACCAUAACCUUGAGGCAAGGUACUCAGUGUCUUAGAAACCAGCACCUGGGUCCCUGAUGCCUUCAAAUUCUACAGACUUAGUGUCUCAAACCUGAACAUUUAGGGCCUGGUGUUCAGGGCACCUCACUCUUGGGGACCACUGGUGCCUUUAGCCAGGGGAUCAAUAUCCUUGGACUUGUUGGCAAUGGCAGAGCAAACUGUCAGAAGCUUUGUGUCUUUCUUCUAGCUGGUUCCUCAACCAAUUGGGCCCUAAGCUUGCAGGGCCUCAAGCCCUGAGGAAUUAAACUCCCAUGUUCCUGGUGUCUAAGGUUUUGGGUUUUCUCAUGUGGGUGUUGAGAUGGAAGGUCCUAUGCAGCACAACAGAGCUGGCAUCAGGCCUUUCCUCCUCCGUGUCCCAGGGUCCCCAGAAAUGGAGACCCCGAGGUGGGGGUGAGAUGUCGAAUUGGGCAGUUCUUAUUUAAGCAGUACCUGGGACUCCAAAGGCCCAGCUUCUACCUUCUUGAAGGCUUUGCUUUCAAGGUCCUCAAAACUGAAGGCCUCUCAGCCUGAGUCUACCUUCUCCACUCACACCCCUGGAUUCCUCAG